CAGUUACAGAUGGAGAGAAAGUAACGAAGUUAAGUUAGAGUUACCAAAAAAAAGUAACUAACUGUAAACUCGUUACCCUCGUUACUUCCCAACCCUGACGGAAUCUCACUAGAAACUUGCAAAGAAAAUGUUGCGCGCCGGAGGACUGGGAGUACGACUGGCCAGCACGUCGGCAGCCACGAGCGCGUCCGGAAAGGUGCUAGACUCGAUAAUAAGAGUCGACCAUGCCGGUGAACUGGGGGCUGACAGAAUAUACGCGGGACAAAUGGCCGUGCUGGGCAAAACGGCGGUCGGGCCGACCAUACAGCACAUGUGGGAUCAGGAGAAGCGACACCGCGCGAAAUUCGAGGAACUGAUUCGCAAGUACCGCGUCCGACCCACCGUCCUCAGCCCGCUGUGGAACGUGGCUGGGUUCGCUCUGGGCGCCGGCACCGCUCUCAUGGGCGAGAGAGCGGCGAUGGCGUGUACCGUGGCGGUGGAGACGGUGAUCGUCGAGCACUACAACGAUCAGCUGCGCCUACUGAUGGAGCACGGCGACAGCGUGGACAAAGAGAUACUCGAGACUAUCAAGAAGUUCCGCGACGAGGAGCAGGAGCAUCACGACACCGGCAUAGAUCACGGCGCCGAGCAGGCGCCGUUCUACCAAGCUCUGACGAGCGUCAUCAAAUGCGGCUGCAAGACAGCUAUCUCCAUCUCCAAAGUGAUAUGAACGCGUUUCCAAGACUCUUCGAGAUGUUUAUACAUACACGAUGUUAUGCUACACAAUCGUUGCUUGUACAUAUAGUAUUUAUUGUGUAUAUAAUAAUAAAUUAGAUUUCACUUUUUCUACGUGGCGAAUCAGUCUAACAGUACACGGGAUAUCUCGAGAACAACCUCCAAUGACUGAUCUGUUUGACGAAUGUAAUUGAACUGUCUUUGUAAUAUUUCCAUGGGAAUUUUAUUUUUGUGAGCUUAUCUAAUAAAAGUAAUUAAAAGGUU